CUUGAAAUAGCCUGAAAUCAACGUUCACCUUCCUCCUUCCAGGUAACAGCUAGUAGGAUGGCCCCAACCUCAAAGUACGUGGCAGUGGUCGCUAUUGACUUUGGAACAACCUAUAGCGGUUUCGCAUUUUCUUUUAAUGACAAAAGAGGCGAAGGAGGAAUUCACAUGAACAGAGAAUGGGGAAACGAGGAAGGACGUAGCACUCUAAAAACCCCUACAUCAAUUCUUCUUCGUCCCAAUAAGGAGUUUGAUUCUUUCGGAUACGAAGCUGAUGACAAAUAUGUGCACUUUACUCGUGGGGAGGAAAAGGAGUACUUUUACUUAAAACAUUUCAAAAUGGAGCUGCACAGAUCAAAGGACUUGAACCGAACAACCCAGCUGACAGCAGCUAAUGGCAAAAAGGUUGAAGCUUUGAUCGUAUUUUCUCUUUCAAUAAAAUUCAUGAAAGAUGAAGCAGUUAAAAUCAUUCGUGCCAGAACUGGAGAUGAAACCUACAGCGCCAAUGACAUUCAGUGGGUGUUGACGGUGCCAGCAAUAUGGACACCAGCGGCUAAACAGUUCAUGAGAGAGGUCGCCUACAAGGCUGGAAUUGCUUCUCCGGAAAGCAGAGAACAGUUGCUAAUCGCCUUAGAACCUGAAGGAGGUGCGAUAUUCUGCCGGGAGAGAAAAAUGAGAGACUUUGCUGAUGAAACUGGAGAUGCCAGUCUGUCAGAUGUCCUUUGUCGUCCUGGACAAAGAUACGUCAUGAUGGACAUUGGAGGUGGAACACUGGAUGUUACAGCUCAUGAGAUCCUGGACGACGGCAACAUAAAAGAAAUUUGUCAAGUGACCGGGGGCGCGUACGGUGGAAUCUACGUGGACGAAAAGUUCCAAAAGUUACUUGAAAAUCUGUUUGGGACUCCAAAAAUCAAUGAAUACCGCAUAAAGUUCCCUGCAGAGUGGCUUCGACUCAUUAAUGAUUUUGAAAUGAAGAAAAGAGGAAGGCGAGCGUUUGAUGAUAAAAUCACAAGAAUUACCCUCCCACGCAAUUUUCUUCAAAUGGUCUCCGGGCCCAGCGCCCCCGAUCUGGCCACUCGCCUUGCAAAAUCUUGCAACCUAGAUGAUGUGGAGAUUUACAAUGACGAGUACCUCUGCCUGGGGCCAAAAGCGAUGAAGAGUCUCUUUGAUCCUGUAAUAAAUGGCAUCAUACGCCACAUGAGAGGUUUGUUGAGCAAGCCUGCGCUGAAGAAUGUAAACUAUGCAUUCAUGGUUGGCGGUUUUGCAGAAUCUAUCAUUCUGCAAGAAGCGGUCAAAGUGGCGUUCAGUCCAAGAUGUAAAGUACUUGUCCCAAACUAUGCUGGCAUUGCCGUUGUCCAAGGUGCAACAAUGUUUGGCCAGAAACCAGCUGUUGUCACUUCUAGAGUCAUGGCCACAACUUACGGUUUUAAAAUAAGCGAAAACUUUGACCCUAAGAUUCACGACCCUGGAAAGAAGAUAGUAGCUGAAGGUAUCGCUAGGUGUAAAGAUGUAUUUGAUAUUGUUGUCAAAGAAAAUGAUGUUGUUGAGGUUGGCGAAAAAAAGCGUUUCACCCGAAAACCAUUAUAUAGUGAUCAGAAACAGAUAUGUUUUCCAUUUUUCACCUCCACAGACCCAAAUGUUAAGUACACAACUGAUUCCUCGGUGGGACCCUCCAUAGGAGAGGUGACGGUCGAUUCACCCGACACCUCAAAAGGAAAAAAUCGCGAAGUCGAAUUAUGCGUCUUCUUCGGAGGCACGGAAAUAAAAGCGACUGCAAUCGAUAAGACCAGCGGCAAUGCUGCGACUGUGUACCUGGACUUUUUGACUAAAUCGUGAAUGGGUGUGUUACCAGCAAUUGAUCAAACAUAACUUUUAAACCACAAAAAAAAAAAAAAAAACAGCAACAACAACAACACACCCACAUACAAAAACUUUUGGACUAGCCAGAGUAGUGAAAGCUUAAGCAGGCAGACUAAUGAUAAUUUGUGCAAUUACAACUCCUUGCGCUAAAUCACUUGCAGUUAAAGUCUACCAAUCAGAGCUCCUUGCUGAAGGAGAACUUGAAUAGGAGAUUUCCUCAGGUUUGGUGUGAUCUCAUAUUAUAAAAAGUCAAAGGUCCGUCUUAUUUUCAGUUUAAUUGCGUACAUGGUUGUAACAUUUAGUUAGUUUUCGUAGGAAGAGUUUUCCAUUGGCAAGUUACUGUCAGUGUGUCUAAGCUGAAGGUGCGUUCAUUGUACAGAAGACUUAUUGAUUGAACAGAAGAGAGUUUAAAUCUACAUUUCGGUUCUCGUUUAUUUCAAGGACUAGCAUAGUAAAGUGGAUCGCCACUUCUAAGUAAUUGUUUGUAGUGUAGUCUACAAUAUUGUAACUUUUGACAGUUUACUGAAGUAAAUGACGCAAGUUUUCUUGAUGUCUUCGAUGCAUUAAAUUCUUAUUGAUAUUUCUCAGUAUAAGAAAAAUGUAUUGACAUUCGGCGGAGCUGAACUGUAAGUGACAUUGACAAAGAAUGUAGAUAUUUUUCUGUUGGUAUGAAAUGCACGCGUGCCACUAUGGUAUUAAUUCAGUCUUUUGUUAUAACCAUAUAUUAGGUUUGACAACUGUACAUGUAAAUGUAUUCAUCUCAGCUCUCGAGCUUUCAAAUUUUAUGUCCAAUUUAUUCAUUUAAUUUUAGGGAAUGGAAUCUUGUAAUCACCUCUAGUCCUUAGAGGCUGGUCGCCUGCAUUUGGUUGGGAAAUAAAUUUCCAUUUUCCCCAGUGA